GCGCUGGCGGGGUUAGGGAGCCUGGAAACGCAAGUGGGGAUGGUAGGUGGUUUGGACCCGCCGAGCCGCCGUCGUUUCCAGAAAGGGUCUGACUGGAGGAACCUCUGGAGCAGCUAUGUUGAUACCAGUGAAGCAGGAUCAAUUCUUCUUUAACGUUGGAACGCUGUCCUGAAGCUCUUUGCGCAACGGACCAGGGUAUUUCAUUGAAAGUCCACAGAUAAGAAUUUCAGAGAGUGAUAUGUGCUGUGAAGAAACAGAACUGUUGUGCUGGAUCAGAGUGAGAUGGCACUUGAGAUUGGACGGGCAAGGAAAACAGCUCAACAUUGACCUGAGACCCAUCUGAGGUGGUGGGCUGGCUCCUCUGGCUGAUGGCAUGUUGAGGCACACGGGCCAGCGGCAGCAAGGGCAUCUGAUCCCGAGGGGGCCACUCUAAAGGCCAGGCCGCCAGCACCAUGGGCCAGUGUGUCACCAAGUGCAAGAAUCCCUCAUCAACCCUGGGCAGUAAGAAUGGAGACCGUGACUCCAGCAGCAAGUCACAGAGCAGGCGGGGUGCAGGCCACCACGAGGAACAGGCGCCAGCCUGCGGCAAGCCAGGUGGGGAUAUCCUUGUCAAUGGGACCAAGAAGGUAGAGGCCGCCACUGACGCCUGCCAGCUGCCGACAUCGUCGGGAGAUGCUGGGAGGGAACCCAAAUCCAAUGCCGAGGAGUCUUCCUUGCAGAGGUUGGAAGAACUGUUCAAGCGCUACAAGGACGAGCGGGAGGAUGCAAUUUUGGAGGAAGGCAUGGAGCGCUUUUGCAAUGACCUGUGUGUUGACCCCACGGAAUUUCGAGUGCUGCUCUUGGCUUGGAAGUUCCAGGCUGCUACCAUGUGCAAAUUCACCAGGAAGGAGUUUUUUGAUGGCUGCAAAGCAAUAAGUGCAGACAGCAUUGAUGGGAUCUGUGCACGGUUCCCCAGCCUCUUAAUAGAAGCCAAACAAGAGGACAAAUUCAAGGAUCUCUACCGGUUUACAUUUCAGUUUGGCCUGGACUCUGAAGAAGGGCAGCGGUCGCUGCAUCGGGAAAUAGCCAUUGCCCUGUGGAAACUAGUCUUUACUCAGAACAAUCCUCCCGUAUUGGACCAGUGGCUACACUUCCUAACAGAGAACCCCUCGGGGAUCAAGGGGAUCUCCCGGGACACUUGGAACAUGUUCCUUAACUUCACUCAGGUGAUCGGCCCCGACCUCAGCAACUACAGCGAAGAUGAGGCCUGGCCAAGUCUUUUUGAUACCUUUGUGGAGUGGGAAAUGGAGCGAAGGAAAAGAGAAGGGGAAGGAAGAGGUGCGUUCAGCUCAGGGCCUGAAGGCUUGUGUCCUGAGGAGCAGACUUAGCAGCUCCGAGCCAGGAGCAGCAGGAAGGAUCUGCCCGCUGCCCUGCAGUCACCUGAGGAAUUGGACCUUUCUGGAAAUUACUGAAGAUCCGGAUAUUUUCUACUUUACACCUUUCUCUGCCUUGUAUCUGAAAGGGCUCUAAAAUGCUGUAUCAUGUUUUAGGCACUUUCUUCAUUUUUUGGUUAUUUUGGUUAUUUCUUUCAUUGGGGGUCCCCCAAAAUAUUUGAACCUGGCUACAUGUUGUGUAUCUUUUUUUGAAGCCUUCAGAUAGGAUAAGCCUGCCAUUUCUUGCACAAAUUAGAUUUUUCUUGGGGUGGGGUAGGGUAGGGUGUAGAGCAGGGUGGGGGGCUGGGACGGUUAGGUUGAAUUAACAUUACAAAAUGAUACAGUGCCAGAUCUCAGUUUUGCAUAUUCUGUUUUUCAGGGCAGGUCUGUACUGUGUGUAGUGCUGUUUACAUGGUUGAAUUUAGGUUGUAAUAAUUAUUUUUAAAGAUUUACGCAGAGUUGAAUAGCAGUGUUAACUGUUAACCACGUUGCAUUAAUUCCCAGACAGUUUAAAGCUCUUGGUGAGCCAAGGCCAGCUGAGAGCAUCUGUAGUCUGGUGACAACCCCCUUUUAAGCUAAUUUAUCUGAAACCUUUAUUUCCCUCACUUCUUGCUCAUUCCUUCUUUGACCUAUUGCAUUUCAUGUUGAGUUUACCCAUCAAAAUGCUGCCCCUGCCAGCCAAGUGAGCAGUUACUUGUUUAAACGCAUUGUACUGAGAACCACUUAAGCAUCGGAUGCAGAGAAAGCAGCGCUACCUCAGUUUUGCCGGAAGUAGACUUCUUUGAUAGUUUUCUUUCUUUAAUGAAGUUUCUGUAUUUUCAUGUUGUAAGUGGAAAUACUUUUUUUUUUUUUCAUUUGCCUUGGAGCCAAAGUUUCUGUUCCUGGUGGUCGGGAAACUGCCUGCCAGCCAGAUGACUUGAAGGAAAACUGUGGUAUGGAGCUCUGCUUGAAUUUUCUUUUUUCCCUUUGAAUAUCAUCAGCUUACUUGUCUGGCAAGUGCAGAAGCCUGGGGCUGGCCUGAGCUCUGCCAAACAAAUAUGGAAGUGUAUUUAAUAGUUAAAACGUGUGCCCUUUCCCUUCUUGCUGCACCCAUGUUGUCACUGAAGCCCCAGGAGUUAUUUAUUACCUUUUUUGUUAAGUCAGGCUCAUUUGGGGUAAUGUGAUGACUGUUUAGGUUUACAUGACCCUCCUCUCCUUCCCCCAACCCCAAAUAUGUGUAUAUACAUAUAUAAAAUAUGUAUAUAUUUUACCUAUAUAAAAUAUAUAUAUACACAUAUAUGUAUCUAUAUUCCAUUGUUCCUUUGCCUGCUAAAACUGGCCAUAAAAGAGGGAGCUGCCUUCAAUACAUAAAGUAUAAGAAGAGCGCCAGGGAACGCCAGAAUGAAGGAGGCUUUCGAAUCUGAAUUUGGACCAUUUUCACUAAAGAGAAGGUGAAUUUUCUCAGCCCUUGCCUCACAAGAACGAGGGCCCAGUACCUCAGACUCCUUCAAGUACUUGCCCCAUAAGGCCAGCUUUGGGCCAUAUUGCCGCACGGGGGCCUGAGGAGCUGACUCUGGUCCUACCUAAGGGCCUUCUUUUUUUUCCAUUUUAAAGAAUACAUCCUCAAACAACUGUACUGGGUGGCAGGAACUUGUACAGUUCAGCUUCCAACACUUGGGAACAGAUUGAAAAGGGAAUCUUUUAAAUAAAAUCAUAUAAAAAUAUUUAUACUCAUGAGGUAAUAAGAAUUUUUCUGUUAGACGUUUGGAGUUUCCACUCCUAACUCUUGCCCUACCCGGGGGUGUGUGUUUCUCAUUCCCAGGCAGGAACUGCUCAUUCUGAGUUCCUUUAUCCUUAAAACUUCGGGCUCCCAUCUUUGCAAAGAUGAGUAUUUAAGAAGUUUCUGCAGUCAGUGUUUUUCUAAAAUUUCCAUUGACAUAGCGAAUGUACUUGGAAUUUGAUUUUUUUCCCCCUUUAAUCUUAACCCUGACAGUUGUUCCAUCUACAGGGGUAGUUGAGAAACAUUUAAAAUAAGCCACAAGGUAGGUUAGCAAUACUGCUGGGAAGUUGAAGGGAGUCUCAGGCCAGGUGCCUGGCUUUGUUCUCAUUAAAUCAGACAUGAUGUCCACUCAUGUGCAAGAGAGUCUCUGAGGGCCCCAACAGGUUCUGUGGGCUCUAUUCUAGUCAGGGUACCUAGACUGAGGUCUUAAAGAGACUGCCGUCUCAUCCAGCCAGUCUCCACUCUCAGAUCUUCCCGAUUCUGGAUUGGCCAGAGGUUGAAUGAGGGAAAGGCAGGCUGCUCCUAGGUAGGCAAGGUUCUUUCUGUUCCAGGUCAGAAGAGUGUAUGGAAAAAAGCGUGCAGGAGGAGGAGGAAGCUGAGGACUCUGGAGGAACUGAAUUCCUUCUCUAGCCUAUAAGAAGGCAUUCCAUGCAUUAAAACCCAUUGCUGUUGAUUCCGACUCAUAACCACCCUAUAGGACAGAGUAGAACUGCCCCCAUAGGGUUUCUAAGGCUGUAAAUCUUUAUGGAGGCAGACUUUGCCACAUCUUUCUCCUCGGGAGCAGUGGUGGGUUUGAACCCAGGACCUUUUGUUUAGCAGCUGAGUACUUAACCACUGCGUCACCAGGGAUCCUUCAUUCCAUGCAUUAGGUGUACUAUAUAGUGGGCGGAAUUUUUUUUUUAACAAUUCAGCUCACAUACAAACACACCUGCCAAAAAGAUGCCACCAAGUCAGUUCCAGCUCAUGGCCACGCCAUGUGUCAGUAGAACUGUGCUCCGUAGGGUUUUUGAUGGCAGGUUUUUUGGAAGUAGAUUGCCAGGCCUUUCCUCUGAGGCACUUGUGAGUGGACUUGAAUCUCUAGCCUUUCAGUUAGCACCCAGGAACCCUUUGUACCACCCAGGGACUUCCCUCUUAGCCAAGGAGCCAUUACAAAGAAUUAUUUUUUAUUCUAUUUUUAAUGAUGCAUUUGUUACAGAGGUACAGAUGAGAUGCCUGGUGAAAAGGGAACAGUCAGGGAGAGAUUGAUCCUUCCAGGUUUGAUUCCCUGAUACUCAACAAGGAAGUCAAGCUUCUGCAGUAGCUCUGGGCCAAUGCUUGACUUUUUCAUGACCACAGGAAAAGCAGAAGCUGUUCCGCAAAGGGAUUCAAGGUGAGGUGUGUGUAGUAUUUGCAGUUACACUUCUGGGAAAUAAAAAGCCCUUGUUCCUCUUAACCUAGCGAUAGGUUUGUUCUUCACUGGCGAUCAGUAAUUUUGUGGAAGAAGCCAAAUGCAUGCCCCUUAGGUAAGCCCUGGGCCCUUCACUCUAAUGGUAUAACUUCAGGGUGCUGUCAAGGGGCAGGAUGUGGAUGCCAGUUUGAAAACCAACAUCUGAGGGUAACCUCAACAAAUAGAAGGAAUUAAUGUGUGUUGGGAAAUUGCUUGGGUUUUGGCAAAUGGCUUUGUGAGCUUCUGUGGUGUUUCUUUAGCAAUUUGUAAGGAAGCUGGUAUGAGAUGAAGCAUUGCUUCAUUGAAUUGCUUUCCCCCAUCCCUGCCAAAUCUGAAUGUAUCACUCUUAACCCCUCCUCCUGUAAUGACACUUUGCUGUGCUUCAGCUGUGACCCAGCAGCUCUACCCUCAUCCCUGCCAGAUGUGCCCACGUUCUGAAUUGGGUCCAAGGCCCCAUCCCUACCCUUCUAGUAAGGGAGAGAGAAAAAUCUAGAGCUGGGUAAAGAUCCAAACUUCAAUGAAGUCCCCCAGGCCCAGGGAAAUCCAGCUGAGAAUGUACAAGGGUGUAUUUUCGAUAUUAAACUCCCUCAACGAAGGUGUGGACUAGCCUUGAAAAGGAAGAAAGAAUUAAGCAACACAGUAUUAAUCGAUCUCUGAAGCAAUACUGAUCUUCCAGGGCCUGGUACCAAAAUUCAGUCCUGAGUGCUGGAGGCUGCAGAGUGUGGGACCCCAUAGUUGAUUUCAUGGCCUCAUGUACUGCCAAAUUAUAGCAAACACUGGUGAGAAGUUGCUGGGUAAGGACUUGUCUAAAAGUUUAAAAUCCAAAACACCUCUUUUGGUUUACCACAUUUAAAGUUAGGUCUUCAGUGCAAGGAAGCCCAAAGGUAAACCCGAUUAGAAGGUAAGGGCUGGAAGGAACCUGCUGCUGCUGCUUUUUUUGGGUUUGUCUUUUGUUGCCUGCUUUUCCAUUUUUCUUGUGUCUCCUAUGUUUGGUUAACGAUGACUUGAACAUCUUGGUAACUGACAAAGGUCUUCCUUAAGGAAAUUCAGGAGUAUCUUGUUUAAAUGGCUGAAAAGACAAGAUGUUUUACGGUUGAAGUGUGUUGACUGGAACUCCCCCGAGGACAUGCCACACUGAUCCUCCUCUUAUUCCAUACUUUCUGAGUUAGAUGGAAGUGAUUCCCAAGCCCCUUCAGAGUUUCUUCCCAUGGUAAGCUGUAAUUCUAGCAUAUAUCCAGUUUAACCGGGACUGGGACUACAUUUUGGUCAAGUUCAGCAGGGUUUUGUUUUUUUUUUUUCCUUCCUUUUUGAAAGGGGAAAAAAAAAAAUGUGUUUGAGCACUGAUUGUAGAAGCCAAGAUGGUUCAAAUGGGUUCUGCUUGAUUCAGGUUCCGGGGCAUCUUGUCCUCCUUACUUCUCUCUUCUUGGAAACUGAGCUACCCACUGUCCUUCCCCACUACUGUCAACACAAAUCUUGGAUAUUGCCAAAGGAAGCCAUUCAGCAGCUGCUGCUGUGGGUUUUUUUUUUUCCUUUCCCAACACACAUAUACUUGCUCUGGGAGAAGCUCUUUCUUCUGACUCUGGUCCCCAGGCUCCUGAAUCUGUGAUUAUAAUUGUUCUUAACCUGUUGCACUAAUGAAUCUAAUUCUAGGUUUCAAAGGGGAAUUUGAAGCAAUAGGCAAAUGGGGCUUGGAUGAAUUGACCCUACAGAUACCCUGCCUUAACCCGCUGAGGUGAUGAGUCCACACUACUCAUGUGACCCUCCACCUUUGUGGAUCCCUCUUGGUUUGUGACCAGUGUGUCCGUUUCCUGAGGUUGUACAAACUUGACAGAAGUCAAUACUUUUGUUUGUAUUCUCUGCAUUGUUGCACUCUCCAAAUGGCCCUUUGAAUAUUUUUAUUAACUUGUUACACAUAUUUUUGUCUUCGAUGUCUAUUAUUUUUUUUUAAUUUGGAAGGUUACCUGCUGUUGGAUUUAAUAAAUUUGUUUACUUGA